CGUGCACCUGCCUCGCCCCCUCUGCUCCACUUCAUCCGCAGUCUGCCCGCGACGCCAGGCUGCAGCUCGUCUCUUCUGCCUUUUCUGCCCGCACGCCUGCGAGCGCCACCGCCCAGCCGCCGCCCACGCCACACCCCUGCGCCGGCGCCAUGAGCGACCCUCGCAUCAGCUCCAAGGAGGCGUUCCAGCUCAACGCCGCUGCUGCGGUGAAGAACUACAGCGUCGACCCGCGCCUGGACUACCGCACCGUCUCGGCGAUUAACGGCCCGCUGGUCGUGCUCGACAAUGUCAAGUUCCCCUCGUACAACGAGAUUGUGUCGCUCACGCUGCCCGACGGCUCGCGCCGCGGCGGCCAGGUGCUCGAGGUCAGCGGCAGCAAGGCCAUCGUGCAGGUCUUCGAGGGCACGAGCGGCAUCGAUGUGCGCGACACGCACAUUGAGUUCACCGGCAGCUCGAUGAAGCUGGCCGUCAGCGAGGACAUGCUGGGCCGCAUCUUCAACGGCUCGGGCAACCCGGUGGACAAGGGCCCGAAGGUCUUUGCCGAGGACUACCUGGACAUCAACGGCUCGCCGAUCAACCCGUACGCGCGCGUGUACCCCGAGGAGAUGAUUCAGACGGGCAUCUCGACGAUCGACGUGAUGAACUCGAUUGCGCGUGGCCAGAAGAUCCCGAUCUUCAGUGCCGCCGGUCUGCCGCACAACCAGAUUGCCGCCCAGAUCUGUCGCCAGGCCGGUCUCGUGCGCAAGCCCGGAAGCGCCUCGGACGGCGCCGCCGCCCCGUCCAAGGGCAUCCACGACGACCACGAGGACAACUUCUCCAUCGUCUUUGCCGCCAUGGGUGUCAACAUGGAGACGGCGCGCUUCUUCAAGCAGGACUUCGAGGAGAACGGCUCGCUCGACCGUGUCACGCUCUUCCUCAACCUGGCCAACGACCCGACCAUCGAGCGUAUCAUCACGCCGCGUCUGGCGCUCACCACGGCCGAGUACUACGCGUACCAGCUCGAGAAGCACGUGCUCGUCGUGCUCACCGACAUGACGUCGUACGCCGACGCCCUGCGUGAGGUCUCGGCCGCCCGCGAGGAGGUGCCCGGUCGCCGCGGUUACCCCGGUUACAUGUACACCGACUUGUCGACGAUCUACGAGCGUGCCGGUCGUGUGCAGGGCCGCAACGGCUCGAUCACGCAGAUCCCGAUUCUGACGAUGCCCAACGACGACAUCACGCACCCCAUUCCCGAUUUGACCGGCUACAUCACGGAGGGCCAAAUAUACGUCGACCGUCAGCUGCACAACCGGCAGAUCUACCCGCCGAUCAACGUGCUGCCGUCGCUGUCCCGUCUGAUGAAGAGUGCCAUCGGCGAGAAGUUCACGCGCAAGGACCACGGCGAUGUGUCCAACCAGCUCUACGCCGGCUACGCCGUCGGCCGCGACGCCGCGUCGAUGAAGGCAGUCGUCGGAGAGGAGGCCCUCUCGGAGGAGGACAAGAUCAGUCUCGAGUUCAUGACGAGCUUCGAGGAGCGCUUCACGAACCAGGGCGCCUACGAGACGCGUACCAUUUACGAGAGUCUCGACCUCGCCUGGGAGCUGCUGCGCGUCUUCCCCAAGACGCAGCUGUCGCGUAUCAACCCGAAGAUUCUCGCCGAGUUCUACGGCCGCAAGAACACGGUCAAGAAGCAGAGCGGCAAGAAGGACGAGGAGGACAAGCCGUCGUCGAAGGGCACGCGCGACAGCGGCAAGGCCGACAAGCUCAUCGACGACGAGUGAGCGUGCGCAGCCCACUGCUGUGCGCCGCUCCCUCUCGUCAAGCCAAGCUCGCUUCGUCCUUUCCGUCUCUCGCCUCUUGUACAUUCCCACCCAUGUCUCGUCAAUCGCCACCAUCUCACGUCUCAGGCCGCCUCCAGAUCACGUCCGGCCCUCCGUAUUGCUUCGUUGCAGCAGGUUCACACGCUUCGUCAGGUCCAGCAAGGCCGGAGGGAGCCCCCUGUCAGCAGCACAGGAUCCGGUGCCGGAACGCCUGAGCACUUCCGCAGCGGCAGUGGGCCGUGAAGAAGUUCUCAAAGGGCGCCGCAGCUGGCUGCUCUCAGCACCCAGCGGCGGCGGCGCAGGGUCUGCGUGCUGAUGCUGUGAUGAUCGCCCAAAGGCGGUGAGACAGCGGCGCUCGCACCCAGGGGUGGCGCCGACACACUUACUGGCGCCGCCGCGCGUCGCGUGGCGCGAUCGCCGAGG